GACAAAGACAGAGAGAGCGACCGGGAACGAGUGAGCGAGUGAACCGUGGCGGUGCGGUGGUGCAGUUUCGGUACGUCUCGGACACUGCGCUCUGACCAGUGUGUAGUCGUGAAAGAAGAGAGAGAGAGAGAGAGAGAGAGAGAGAGAGAGAGAGAGAGAGAGAGGAAGGGAGGGAGGGAGACAACUCGUGAGCGUGCGCGAGAGUGAAAGCGAGUGUACGAGAAGAGUGGCAGAGGCGUGAGAGUGAGAGAGUAUGAUAGAAGAGCGCACGAGAGCGAAAGCGAGUGUACGAGACGUCGGCGGGAGAGGGCGGGAAAGAGUGAGUGAGUGAGUGAGUGAGUGAGAGAGAGAGAGAGAGAGAGAGAAAGAGCGUGGAAAAAGAGGAAACGGAGCGCACGUUACCGCGAAGAGAGAAAGAGAAAGAAAGAACGAAAGAGAGUGAGAGUGAGAGAGAAAGAGAGCGCAAAAGGGAGUACGUAAAAGAGUGUAGGUGUUCUUCCUAGGAGAAGUGCGUGCGCUCACGGGAACAACGUGUAAAAGAAGUGGAGGGAAUCCUGUCUGUCCGUUUGUCUAUCUGUCCGUCUAUCCGCCGGGACACGCGAGGCCCGGAAUGGCUGCGAGGACAGGGGAGGGCGAGGGUGAGAACCCCGCGACAGUUUUCGACAACAAUGCCGGCAUCGUGACGACGGCGGGUUCCCUCGCGGAAUCAUCCACGUCGUCUUCGUCCUCCUCCUCCGCUACCGCAUCCGUCGCCGCCGCUACCGCCGUUGCCGCCACGGUGCCAACGGUGAUCCUGACAGAGAGUACCGCUACGAGUGCCGGUAGUCUGCCCUUGGGAUCUCAACAACAAGGCAACCUGCAUCAAGUACAUCAACAACAACAACAACAACAACAACAACAACAACAACAACAGUCGCGACAAAGAGUCAACCUGAUUGCCGAUGUACCCGUCAAUGAUGUCGCAGGUAACCUCAAUGACUCUCGCUCUUCAAGUCUUUGUUGUCGCUAAUGUGCCGC